CAACUCAAACAUCUUAGUAGGACCCAAAGUAAGAGCUAGACUUGGCAAAUUUUGUUGGCUAUACCUAGAUCCACCACCAAGCUCAACAACAGUCAGGCAGCAGCAAUGUCAGACGACGAUGUCGAUCAUGAGCUCCUGGCAUUGAUGAGGCAGAAGUUCGGCCUUGGAAGGGCAAAUCCCAACGCUCCUCCCGACACCAAGGUCCUCGAACAUGCUCAGUUCAUCUGCGACAACAGCAUCGACGUCGCCAUCAGCAUGGCACAUACCAAGUUGGCUGCAAUUGCAGUGUCUGAAGAAAUGCAAAAGCGGGAAUACAGCACGAAAUCAUGGUCUGAGCAUGAACUCCAUCCAAAAGCAAAGGAUGAGGCCACUGUAAAUUUCAUAUUCACCAUGGACCUGCUGAACUUCAGUUUCUGGAGUUUGAGGGGCGAAGAGGAACGGUUCACUGUCGACUAUAAGGGCAGGAAGUGGACCGGGUACUGGAGUCUUGUGGCUGCUUUGCAGAGGGCUCUCGAUGAGGGAAUACCAAUCACGAGCCCAGAAUUUUGGUUUGAUGGUGAGAAGGACGAACAAGAAGUGAGACGCAACGCCGGCACGGCAUCAGGAGUAACAAAGUCCGCCCCAUGGAAAGACCCUGAGGCUCCUCGUCUCCCCAAUGAGGCAUUCAAUACAGGCGUGUAUCCCGACCCUCCAGCUCCUCGAUUACCAAACGAAUCAUUUGAUACUGGCGUAUAUCCAGACCCUGAAUCACCACAGCAACCCGCUGCAAGCGAAGCCAACGUCACGGCCAAUUCCCACGAUGGCAGCAUAGAAGUUGCAGAUGAGAGAAUACUCGAAGACCAGCACGACGACGACUCAGAUAUAUGGUCCGAUGCCCUAGAAGCGCAAAGUGAGGAAGCUGCGGGUCCAGGACAAAGCCCCCAGCUUAACGAGGAGGAGUUGGCGGCCCCACAACGAGUUCGCUGCACAGAAGACGUUCUACGUCACGUGUUCCGCUCCUCUACCAACGAAGAAAUCCCCAUGUUCAACCUACGCGUCCACUGCCUGCGCGAAGCCGGUCGUGUCCUACACGACCACUUCGACGGCAGCGUCGUCACACUCAUCCAAGAUGCCAAAGGUUCUGCAGCGGGUCUGGUCAACUUACUGGCUGACCGCUUCUCUUGCUUCAAGGACGAGUCUAACUAUGAGCGGAAGAAGGUGCGGUUCUUGAAGCGGGCGCAGAUUUUCGUCGCGGAUCUGUGGGCCGCAUUUGAGGGGGAGGGGUACGGCGAGUUCAACGACAUUGACAAAAUCACGAUGUUUGCGGACUACCGUGUGCCGCAAAUACUGCACUCGCUGGGCCUCAUCUCUUAUUGUCCGCCGUUGGAGGGUCGCAUCCGUCGUGGUGAGAUUAUCGAAUCCGGACAUUCGUGGGAAGUGCAAAUACGAGGUUGCAGUAUAUGGGCGAUUGAGCUGCUCCGGCGGGAGAUCCUCAAGAUACAACCUAAUGCAAAGGUCAAUGCCAUCCUGCUAGACUUCUUUCUAUACGACUUGGCGAAAGAGAAGGAGAAAGCUGGCGAAGAAACCUUACCGCACCAUAGGACGCGGAGUAUAUGGUACUAGAUUUCUGAUUACCAGGUUGGCUGCGACCAGACGGCGGAAAGGCUGCCCUGCUAUGCGCACUGCUUCGCAACAUUGCACCAAACACCGCCGUCCGCUCUGCUCUUGCCGAAAGUUUGCGGCUAUAAAGUUGGCAUCACAUGGAGCCAUCCGUUACUAAUAAGGGCCUGUUCGGUUCCAGUGUGAUCGGGAGGUGUGAUCGUACGGAUGGGGUAUAGUUAAUUAACGCGCGUCAGCAGAGUUUAGGGUGCGCUAAGUAGGGAUCCGGACGCCGUCUGACGUAGGUCGAUCAAGCAACUGUUCGGUGUGAUCGGAUCCGUAGCUCCUUUUGGAUUUAGGUAGUAAAGCUACAGUAAUCAGAAAUUC